UGAACCCUAGGUUCUGCACAAAGGAAAUUACACCAUGGCAGCUUUGCACUUUCUUUCUCACAUUGCCUUCACACCCAUUGUUAUGCCGCUGCUCUUCGUUGGCACUCUUCUCACUUCCCUUUCUCAGGACCCUAUCACCCCUGGUCCAACCACAGCUGACUGCAGCCCUCGCCUGGUAGCACUGAUGCCAUGUGCGCCAUUUGUUCAGGGCACAGCUCAGAGACUGGCACAAUCCUGCUGUAACAACCUCAAUCAGCUCUACAGCCUGCAACCUGGUUGUCUUUGCCUCUUACUCAAUGACACCACCUUGAGUGCUUUUCCUAUUAACAGGACACUUGCCAUGCAGUUGCCUGUUUUUUGCAAGCUCCAAGCUAACACCUCUGCUUGCUUAGGGGUGCCUUCCCCCCCUAGUUCAUCUGGUUCUCAGGUUUCUCUAGGAGCAAAUCACAACUCUUCUGUUCUUCUCCACCCAAUGAUGAACCCAACUGUUCCAGUGGCACCAAGACCAAGCAUCAUGGGAUUGGGGUUUGGCCAGAUCAAUGCCGGAAGAUUGAAGACACAAGGUCUCUUAGCAAUGGUGACAGUCGCUGGAAUUCUGUUUUCCAGACUGGCGCUCCAAUAUUGAGUAUGGUUAACAAAAUGUUAUUUCUUAGGUGCCUUUGUUUAUGGUUUUGGUAUGUUGCUUGUUAUUGUUAUUUGAUGUUGGAGACACUUUGGAUCAGUUAUACUCUAAUUUAGGUUUA